AUGACUAUGCUAGCCGGAGAACACAACAAAGGCUUGCCCGCUGGGUACACCAAGCUCGAUAGUACUCCCCCGCAAUCCCAUGAGACUUACCCCCCGCUCCCUCCAUAUUCUCGCCCUUCAGAACCCGGUAGCAGUAGCGCCCAAGGAGAGCCACCAUGCAACUGGUUGAGCGUUUCUCGCGACAAGUCCGAAAGCAUCAGAGGCGUGUACCUCGUCGACCCCUAUCUCGACAUCCCUGAGGUGCUACUCGCCGUCCCCCAGAAGGAAACAGAGAAACAGGCGAACUUGGUGCUUAAGACCGAGAGGGGGGACAUAGACGUGACUGUGCGUAUCCUUGGUGUGGAAGGGGGCACGUAUAUGAGGCCCUGCCGCGAUGGAGAUGCCGCGAGCGAGCAGGGGGAUCCAGUGUGCAUCACGAUGUCCACAUCAAAAGGGUCGAUCACUAGUAGACUUGUUUCUGUCGAAGGUUCAGGCGCCAAUCCCCGGGCUAAGCUCCAAUUUAUGGCCCGGGCGGACAAUGGUUCAGUCAAUCUUUUGCUCCCUCGAUCAUUUCUGGGGAUGAUCUCGACUCAUCCGCCUCCGGCUUCAGUACCGUCGCCAAUAGUACCUGUAGAGAUAUCCCCCGAUCUCCAAAGCAAUGCAACAGUAAUCAUGGACACCGACAGGAAGCGAUUCUUCAUCGGACACUCAACGCAGCUGCCCAAUCACUCGAACUACGAUAAAGUAGAAAUUUGUAUUGCUGGAGGCAGCGUGAAGUUGGGAUACAAUGACGAAGUUGACGCGGAGUGGUUGCUGCAACCGAAAACCUUCAUUCAGAGGUUACAGGAGUGGCGAAGGAUCUUAUGUUGUUGA